AUGAGGCUUUUCCUGGUUUGGACCCUUUUCCCAGGUGUCUGGGCGGUGACAGGCCCUGCGCAGGUGACAUGCGAGCAGGGUGGCUCGCUGGCCGUGUCCUGCAGCUACAAGCCAGGCUACGAGGUCUACCCCAAGUACUGGUGCCGCCCGGGCUUCCUCUGGUUUUGCUUCACCUACAUCGCCCAAACCAACGGCUCGGAGGUGACGGUGAUGCAGGGCAGGGUGUCCAUCGGGGACAACCACACAGCACACUCAUUCACGGUGAUGCUGGGUGGUGUCACGCCGGGGGACACAGGCUGGUACUCCUGCGGGGUGAGGAGGAGCCUGUGGUUCAGCCUGGGGCACAGCAUCGAGGUGAUGGUCUCCUCAGGUAAAGCCGGGCUGGGAGCAAAGCAGGAGCCUGUUUCAACCACAGCCGAGGGCAGCAACGUGAGUCCGUUGGACCCCAAACCCCUGUGCCCCACGGGCUGUGAGGAGCCUCCAGCACUGUCCCAGCUCAGUGUCACCCACCUGCUGUUCCUCCUCAGCGUGAAGGUGCCCAUGGUGCUGGCCCUGGUGUGCAGGGCCGCCUGGGUGAGGAGCCGGCACAGGAGCCAUGACCUGGAAAACCUGCAGCCCUUGGAGGUGGCCACUGCUGGCACCGCCUGGGGCUCUGGUGGCUGCUGA